AAACGUUGAAUCUGGACACAUUUGUUAAAACAAUGACAUUAAAUGACCAUAAAUGUUUGUGUAACAAAGAUGCAAUAAAAGUGGUUUUGGUUCAGUCAAAUUCUUUGUGGAGAGAUGGCAGUAGAACAAGGUUCCAUCAUUGAUGAUCAUGACAAGACAAUAAGAACAGGCACAGUAUGGACCACGGUUGCACAUAUUAUAACAGCGGUGAUCGGUUCGGGUGUACUGUCACUGGCUUGGAGCACGGCUCAGCUCGGUUGGAUAGGCGGGCCGCUUGCAUUGUUUGGUUUUGCGGUUGUGACGUAUGUUUCUGCGUGUCUUUUAUCCGAUUGUUACAGGUCUCCUGAUCCGGUCACUGGCACUAGAAAUCGGUCUUAUACAGAUGCUGUUAGAGUUAUCUUAGGCGAAAAACAGGCGUGGAUAUGCGGUUUGCUUCAGUAUGUGAGUUUUUAUGGAGCUGCGGUUGCUUAUGUGGUGACAACUUCUACUUGUAUUAGUGCGAUUCAGAAAGCCAAUUGUUACCAUAAAGAAGGACAUGAUGGUGAUUGCGAAUAUGGUGGCAACUUUCAUAUGUUGGUGUUUGGAGUAGUGCAGAUUUUUAUGUCACAGAUACCGGAUUUGCAUAGCAUGGUUUUUGUGUCGGUUGUUUCAGCCACAAUGUCGUUUAGUUACUCUUCUAUUGGUUUGGGGCUCGGUUUUGCUCAAGUCAUAGAAAACGGCAAGAUUGCUGGGAGCGUUACAGGAGUACCGGCUGUCAGUGUAGCUAAUAAAUUAUGGCUAACUUUUCAAGCACUUGGAGACAUAGCAUUCGCGUAUCCGUUUUCUCUUAUUCUCUUAGAAAUUCAGGAUACUGUGAAGUCACCACCAGCAGAAAACAGUAGUACUAAACGGGCUUCAGCAAUUGCUAUGGUUUUGACAGCUAUUUUCUACCUCGGGUGUGGAUGUUUCGGGUAUGCUGCAUUUGGAAAUGAUACACCGGGAAACCUCUUGACGGGAUUCGGGUUUUAUGAACCGUAUUGGCUUAUCGCCUUUGCUAAUGCGUGCAUUCUGAUAUAUCUGCUAGGAGGAUAUCAGUUAUACAGCCAGCCAGUAUUUGCAUCUGUUGAGAGAUGGUUAACGCAAAAGUUCCCCGACACUGAAUUUCUCGAAAGAUUCCAUGAAUUGAAGUUGCCAUUAUUGCCGGUUUUUCGGUUCAACAUGUUCAGGAUAUGUUUCAGAACAGCAUACGUUGCAACGACAACCGCAAUUGCGAUGUUGUUCCCAUUCUUCAAUGAGAUUCUGGGUGUGUUAGGGGCACUGAAUCUAUGGCCAUUGUCGAUAUAUUUUCCGGUGGAGAUGUAUAUAGUGCAAAGAAAGGUGAAACCUUGGAGCCGAAAAUGGGUGGUUCUUGAAAUAUUCCAUGGUGUUUUGAUGGUGGUAUCGGUGGUGGCUUUUGUUGGGUCGGUAGCUGGACUCAUCCAAGCAAAGAUGAAGUAGUAAAUUGAAGAAAUGCUGAUACAAAUUUUUGGAUGGUAAAAAUGUUGUAAAUGAUAAUCAGAGACAAAGGAUAAUCGAAAAGAACUGAAUUUUAUUGAUUUAAAUCUUGCA